AUGACAUCCUCAGUCAACAGAAAACGCACCGGGCCCCCUGUCAGCCUCGACACUGAUGAUGACAUGUCCACCGAGACAAGGGAGUCCAAAAGAGGCCGGUAUGAUACUUCCAAUUCGCUUGAAGCCGGCUCUCCGCAGAAUCCUGCGCAGAAUUCCCUCUUCUUGAAUCUACCACUCGAGUUGCGACUACAAAUUUAUGACCUUCUUCUCGUUUCCCGAAUCACCGAUGGGAAGGCUCCAUUUGAGUCCAUGGCAAAAGAUUACCAGCGGCCGGUGCUUUUAACCUCAAGUUUUGCUUGGAUAUGGGAUCACUCAAUAUUCCCUGCCAUACUGCAAAGCUGCCAGAAGAUAUACAAUGAGGCUCUUCCAGUCUUGUACGGCAAUAAUAUAUUCGAAUUCGAUGAUUCAGCCUAUAUCCACCAGAUCAGCCGAUUAAAAGUCAACCUUUUACGACAUUUGAUCAUCGAUCUUAGCGUCUUCUCUGAAGCCACAUCGUGGGUGAGCUUACUCGAUGUUCUAAUUGAAGAAGCAAAAGAUCUCAGAAAUCUUAAAGUGAUAUUCGAUGCCCACUACUACGAUUCCUUUCUUCUUGAUCCCCAAGCUCAUGGGCUCGGCGCCGACGUGCCCUUCGUUCGUACACUUACAAGGGUCAAGCAACUCGGGAAACUUGAAACGCUUAUAAUAGCCGGAUUUUACGCGAAACAUUGGCCAGCGUACUUACGACAAGAAAUGAGAAAUGACAUAAAGAUCGUUUUUGAGGCUGGUGUUCUCAACGCCAGGGCAUUUUCUGACGAGAAUACACGGUCACAGAUACAUAAUUUCCAAGUUGCACUGCUCAAGAACUACCAAGAGGGGACAGAAAGAUUGAUGCCCUAA